AUGAUCUCGGGGCAGUACAAAGAUGAGGGGGCCAAUCAGGGAAUCGGGAAGGUGCUUCUAGAGAAAGAGCAGGAGCACACUGCCUCAUCUGAGCUGCCAUGCCAGACUCAGGGAGAGCUGUUCCCUGCCCGAGGGCAGGAAGAGCAGCUCAGGCAGCAGGUGGAAGAGCCACAGGAGAAUGGCCAGAACAUCAAGGCAGAGCCACAAGCAGAGCUGCCCAAAGCUCAGAGUGACAUCAUGGCAGUGAAGAGAAAGAACAAGGAAGACAUGGGAAGAAUUCAAGAGGAGAAUCUCCAUCAGCAGAGGGGUGAUCAACACCAGGUGAAUGAAAGAGUGGCAGCCACUCCACUCAUGAAAUGUCCUCUCUUUUGUUUGUUAGAGAACAUGAAGGAACAGCUGGAUGCAGAGCUUCAGACAGCUCACAGUAUGAUCAAGGCAAGGCAUAAGCGGCUGGAGGAAGAAAUGAAAAUCUUCAGAGAGAAACUUAAUCGCUUCCGUCAGUCUCUGCAAAACCAAGUGGCAAUAAAAAAAAUAAAUCUUCAAGGAGUGAGGAGGAAGGAGCUAACCUUUAAUGAAAUAAUGAUCAUGAAGAGAUAUAGGAGUCCCAAUGUUGUGAAUUAUUUAGACAGCUACCUUCUGGGCGAGGAACUCUUGCUGGUUAUAGAGUACAUGGAUGGAGGUGUCCUGACAGAUAUCAUCAGCCAGACCUGCCUGUCUGAAGAUGAGAUGGCAGCCAUCAGUCGGGAGUGCCUGCAAGGACUGGAUUUUCUUCAUUCAAACGAUGUGAUCCAUCGAGACGUGAAGAGUGACAACAUCCUUCUCAAAACUGACGGCUCUGUCAAGCUGGCUGAUUUUGGCCUUGCUACUCAGCUCACCCCUGAGCAGAGCAGACGCUGCUCGCUAACCGGGACUCCUUGGUGGAUGGCUCCUGAAGUGGUGACAGGUCAACCAUAUGGCCCCAAAGUGGACAUAUGGUCUUUUGGAAUUGUGGGAAUUGAAAUGAUAGAACAAGAACCUCCUUACUUGAACGAAAGUUCUGGCACGGCUACACACCUGAUAGCCACAGUAGGGACUCCACAGCUGCGGCAGCCCAAGCUCCUCUCGGCUUUGCUGCGUGACUUCCUGAGCUGCUGCCUGCAGACAGACGAGGAGCGGCGCUGGUCUGCCAAGGAGCUCCUGCAGCAUCCAUUUGUAACUUCAGCCAAGCCACCAUUCAUCCUGGCACAACUCAUCAACUCUGUGAAGAAGACGAAUAACCCUAACCCUAAACCCUAAACCUAAAACCUAAACUUAAAUGCUAACCCAAACCCAAACCCUAACCCUAUCCCUAUCUCUAACCCUUACCCUAAACCCAACCCUAAGCCUAAACCUAAGCCUAAGCCUAAGCCUAAGCCUAAGCCUAAACCCAAACCUAAACCUAAGCCUAAACCUAAGCCUAAGCCUAAGCCUAAACCCAAACCUAAACCUAAGCCUAAGCAUAAGCCUAAGUCGAAGCCUAAGCGUAACCCUAACCCUAACCCUAACCCUAGGAGACGAGAACAUAGCAAUCAUGUCAAGAUGUUAUCUCUGUUACCAAUUUAGAGUAGGAUUGUAGAGUAGGGUUGCUAAAGAGAUUUGUAGCAUAGAAUUAUAGAUUAGAGUUGUAAUUAAUAAAGUUUCUGAAACAUC